UUCAUAAUAAUGUCGAGGCAUUUCUCACUAUAGAGAGAAAUUUCGCAUUUCGCAGCUGAAACCCGCCAACUUGAGAAUUUUUAAUUUUUCAAUUUGGAAAAAUUGAGCGUUUCGUAAAUAAAAGCACGAGCUAUCUUUUGUAAGGUUGUGAUUUCAUUCUUCGAAUGGUAAUUUGCGCAUUUUGAAUUUCGCGUACAAGAGAACCUCGGUCCUCGGUGUGAAUUAAUUCGGUUGAAAUUAACUCUCGGAUAACUUCACCAGAGUUAUAAAUUACUAUUCGUUCUACGUUAUCUUUUGUGUAAUGUUCGUUUACCUUAACGAAUAUGUGUUUUAAAAGAACCUUCGUGUAUAAAUACGUUUAGUUCACAUCUUUUUUUUCCAAACCUCAUGUUUUUCGAAGACAGCAACAUGAGUGAAUACUCUGAAAAGUUGCCUAGGAGGAUAUAUAAAGUUGUAUUAACUGGAGGACCAUGUGGCGGUAAAACUACGGGUCAAGCCAGAUUAUGCACGUUUUUCGAAAGUAUAGGAUGGAAGGUGUAUCGUGUACCUGAAACUGCAUCGGUGUUAUUAAGUGGUGGUGUCAAAUACGCCGACCUUGAUGAAGAUACUGCCUACAAAUUCCAAGAGAAUUUAUUGAAGAGUAUGCUACAAAUAGAGAACACCUUUUUUGAGCUGGGCCAGUCAUGUAAACGUGAUUGUUUGAUUAUUUGUGAUCGUGGCGCAAUGGAUGUGUCGUCCUAUAUAUCGCCCGAAAAAUGGGAACAAAUGUUGGUGGCUAAUAAUCUGAACUUGGUCGAUUUGCGAGACGCUCGAUAUAAUCAAAUUAUCCAUAUGGUUUCGGCGGCCAACGGAGCAGAAGAGUUUUACACGAUUGAGGACCACAGUUGCCGGAGCGAAGGCGUAGAAAAAGCUCGUGAAGUUGAUUUCAGAAAUGCCAGCGCUUGGUUGGGUCAUCCGUAUUUCGACGUGAUCGAUAAUUCGUCCGAUUUCGAGACGAAAAUUUGUCGACUGAUUGCGGUUAUUUGCCAGAAAGUAGGAGUCGAUCCUGGUGAUCGAUUGUCGAAUAAUACGAAGAAACGAAAAUGGCUCAUCAAAAUGCCUUUUCCACCCGAUUCGGCGUUCCCUUCUUUUCAGGAUUUCGAAGUCGUUCAUCAUUAUUUACAAAUGAAAUCCAAAGAAUUUCAAGCUCGCGUUCGUAAACGUGGUCAAAAAGGUCAAUACGCUUAUACGCACACCAUUAGAAAACCCAAGAAACACGGCCAAGUGAUCGAGGUCAAAACACAGCUCACGCAGAGAGAUUAUUUGAACAUGGUUUCUCAAAGAGACGAAGCUCACUUUCCUAUUUUCAAGAAACGAAGAUGUUUCCUCUAUCAGAACCAGUAUUUCCAACUGGAUAUUUAUCGCGAACCUUGCCACCCUAGAUGUAAAGGUUUGAUGAUUUUGGAAACGUAUACUUCGUUGAAAGACGAAGAAUUACAGAACAAGUUACCACCAUUUUUAAAUAUCGAUUGCGAAAUCACCGGUAAUCCAGAUUACUCGAUGUUUAAUCUAUCUCUGGUUGAAGAUUGGAAUAAUUCCGAUAAAUAUUGCAACGAUUUCAAAGGUUCAGGUAUCGAGGCAACGUUGAACAACGAUUUGAAGUUGGAAGAAUUGAAAAAUCCCUUGGUCAAUGGCAAUGGUAGGAUGAACGGAAUACUUUAGUAUAUGUCGUUGAUUCAGCUUAUUUCCCCAUUUUUUUUUUAUUAAAUACUAUGUAAUUUCUCUAGAUGACUAGGUUAUAGAAGUAUAAAGCUUCUUCGUCAUCAAAAUACCAUGCCAGUACACAUAGUUAUUUAUUUUAUUACAUACGUACAAUUAGUUUUACUUUCUCAUCGAUAGAUUCUCCUUUGCUACUGCUACAUCUGCGUAUACUUUUUACGCAGCCUACGUAGGUAUUCUACGACACAAAACAUAUAGUAUUUUAGCUUUAUUCAUUUUAUUUGUUUUUACAGGUUAAUUACGUAUACUUACGUACUACAUUUUUUAUAAGUUGAACGAAGAAUAAUAUUUUGACAGAAAAAUGGCGUUUAACCAAGGCCAGUUCCUUUUUCAUUUUUAUUGUUAUGAAAACAUCUCUUUAUUCGAAGAAGAAGAAAAAAAAAAUAAAAACUUUCGUUAAUUAUUCGGCGGUUGAAAAUUAUCAUCUUAGUUACCUAUUUGGGGUUUUAAUCUACUAGUCAUAAGAAAAAAUUUAGACCUUGUGGGGUGGGAUGGGAGGCAUAUCAAUUUGGGCUGUGACGUAUGUUUGGAAAUUGAUUUGAAAUCUUAUAGGCGGUUACAUUGUUUAAUUAUUUCUGUUGCGUCCUUAUCGUCAUCUUUUUAAAAUGUUCCUGUUGUCAGGGGUUAUGGAUUAUAGAAAUAAUAAUUGUGAUUUUAGAAAAGUAUUACCUACUGAUUUUUUUUUCUUUCCUCUUUUGUGUGCUAUUUAUUUAAGUACCUAUCUCAGUGUACGUAGGUAGUAUAAAACGAGUAAACAGAGAACUUACAUUUUAGUUUAAUAAUUAAUAUUUUAUUCAUUCAUUAGUGUAGUUUACAUCUAAACUAUGUUCAUUUUGAAUUUUUUUCCCCAUAUCAUUUACCAGUGCACUGUCAAUUUUACUGAUACAAUAAAAGCGUUAUUUACAUCUGCGAAAA